GUUGUCACUGCCACUGUGCGCUGACCGGCGGCACCGAUGUACUGAGGGAGGGGGGCACGGGUCGUGCUCGGUGCCUUGGUUGCUGCGGGUUAGGGGGCUCCAGAGUCUAGUGCUGCGUGCGUGACGUGGGCCCCGGAAUCAGACCCCUUUGGACAGGCCUGGCUUUCUUUGAUCGUCGCUGCCUUCUCUGGGCUCUGUGUCGUGGGAAAGAACUGCCUCUGUGUCAACCUUCCCUUGAGGCACUUUCCGUCCCUGCGGAAUAGGAAAUCCUCUUUCUGUAUUCGUUCGAAAUUGCAGCAAUGUUCAUAUACCUUUGCCCUCGGAGACCUGCGACAACUCGGGCCCUUCACUUGCCAAAGAUGACAAAGCUGCCCUCCUGACGCUUGGGUACUCUCCCAGCCUGAGAGCCCUAUCCAGCAAGUGUCCCUGAUCUGCCUCUGUCACCUGUGCCUUAGCUUGGCCUUGUGCUUCUGGAGUUUUGAAUAACAGCUGGAGGGCAGAGCUGGCACCACACCGGGUGGGCUACACAUGACAGAAAUCAGUCUGUUGGGUGCUGGCAGCCUGACCACAGAUUUUCCUUGCCAGUGCUGGCUCAGUUCAGAAACAGUUGUGCUCUGUCCUUCUUGGAUGGGGGCUCACUGGGCUAACUUUAAAGGCCAAAGAUUGUCUAACCCAGCCAAGACGGAUGCAGGUGUAAGUUGGCUGUUUUUGUCAGUUGUGUUUCUGUCUUUCCAAAGGCUCAAAAUGAUUUUUCUCGUCUCACCCCAUUCUGCUGGAAGAUCAGCAGGUGACUCCCAGGCAGUUGGUACAACUGUCCCAUAAUAUGGCAUCUACUUGGGGGCAAUGACUCCAUUUUCAUUUUUACGCCCCCCCCCAAUAGGCACCUGUCAUUAUUCACUGGAUCGUUGUGGAGAUGACUGUAUUUGUGCUCUCUCAAGCUCUAUCUGGUGUCAGUUCUGUGUAGCCUAGGUUGGUGUCAAGAUCAACCCAGAUGACAAAUGGUCAAGAAGUUUAAAAUAUUUGAUGGUGACCAUUCAUAUUGAGUGCUAUGAUAGCUUUAUGUGCUUCCUCUAUUCUGAUGAUUAAUUCUCACCUAAUCUCCUCAGUACUCAGAUAAAGACUUUAGGGGAUGCACUGGGUAGUGACAGCCGUAUUUAGAAUCUAAUCUUUGUGUGACUAGGCCUGGAGCCACAUUGUGUUGUCUCUGCUCCCCCAUGGCUUAGCACUCAGUCGGCCAGGCAGUCUUUGAAGUGCUUGUUGGAGGGAAUAAAGAUACCAGUUUUUUGAAUGCUGCAAUGUCAACUAGUGAACUAGCAAUGUAGUGGCUUUCAACUGGAUUAAGGGUGACCUUUUGGGUGGCAGAAGUAAUCUAGUAAUCUAGGCAGGGUUUUCAUAACAACAAUCAAAUUCACCUCCCUGGGAGUGUGAAUUCACCUGCCUGUGUUUCCUACCAGCUCUGAGUAACCACACCUUCCAGGACUCUCGAGCAAGUCUCAGUGACCUUGGGCACACAGCAGUUGCUCCUAAUCCUUAUUAGAGACUGAGCCAACCUCAGAAGACAUAGUAAAGUGUUUGCCUUCUAAUGGCUUCUAGUUUAAAGUACACAAGACAAUGAAGUGGGUUGUAAAAAAAAAAAAAAAAAAGGCAGCAUUUGCCGUGUUCAAUGUUCUACCUGUUUGAGCAUACCUUCUCUGUUUUGACAACGCUAAAUGGAAGAAAGAAGCCCUUUACAAACAGCCUUCUCAUUUCAGUGGCAGUUUGUAGCCGUCACCUUCUAAAUGGAGAUAUUUUUUUUAAAGCCCUCAGGCCUUUUACUGAGAACAAGCUUGAAUUCAUUAUCUGGGAAUUUUCACUAUCCUUUUUAUAUGUGUUUACUGCAUUCAGACUUCAGCAGUGCCUACCUGUACAUACAAGGCUCUGCAUUCAGUGCCCAAGACCAGAGGAGCUGCGUGUGGUGGUACACAGUUCUAAUCUUUGUAGAGAGGCUGAGGCAGAAGGACCAAGUUUUAGGCCGCCCUGGUAUACAGAGCAAAACUCACCUUCAAAACAACAGAAAGGACUGGUGAGCGUAGUUCUAUAAUAAAAAUCUUAUCUAUUGUGCACAGGGCCCUAGCCUCAAUCCCCAGAACUAAAGGGGUGGGGGGAGAAAGGAAAAUGGAUUGGUGUGAGGAGGUGCUGGGGCCGUGCUAUGGACACAAUGUUGAGUGAGAUUCAGAAGCUUUGGAAGAUUGAGACUUGUGAAUGACUUGAUCAGAUGACUUGAUCAGAUGUAUGUUUUCUGGGACCAGAAAGGCUUCUGCGUGCGCCGAGGGUGGGGCCGGUUGAGGUACCUUCAAUCAUAAGAAGGGCAAGACUGAGAUAAGCAGUUGCCCGGAUGAAGGAAGAUAUGGGGUGACUGGCAGCCCGGGGCUACAUUGCAUACAACACAGAGAGAGACAGGCUUGGGGAGGAAUAAGGCUUUGAGUUUAGAGAGGUGCCAUUCAGACAGUGGGUGAGCAUCUCCUGGUCUGGAGCCAAAGAGUAUAUGCAUGGGGCUCGAGAGCAGAGAGCAUUCCUCUGUGGCAUUUAAGCUGGGCUUCCAUCCAGACUCCUGAUAUUGUGUCCUGAAGACACUGAGCAAGGGAGAAGGCUGGUUGGUGGCCUGCUGCUUUGUGGGCGGAGUGGAGUAAGGUGAUGGGCUUUGUGCUUCUGUCAUAGAGACCCAGGUUGCCUGUUGAGUAAAAGGACGAUUCUGAGUGUCAAAGGUACAGCCUUCCCUGGCUCCACUACCUUCUAGGGGCUUUUCCUGUCUGCCUCAGGGAGCCUCCAGGUUGGGUGCUUCUUAUCUCAAAAGAUCCCAUUUUUCUCCACACCACUGGCUGGACCUCUCUGUGUAUACUCACCGGACUCUAGGAAAAAACCCACCUCGGAACUUUCCUUCCUUCCUUCCUUCCUUCCUUCCUUCCUUCCUUCCUUCCUUCCUUCCCUCCUUCUAGGCCACCAGCCUCUGUGGAGUCAGCCUUAGAAAAGGCAGCUCUUUGGUAAGAAGUAAGGAAGACCAAGCCUGUGGUAUCCACUGCAGUCUUCUACACUUUGGGGGCCAGGAGGAUAAGGGAAAACUGAUAGUGCUGCAGAAGCCCCUGCCUGCCCACAGCCUCAGAGCACUGGUCCAUGGACUGUGUGAGCUGCAGUGAUUCGGCCUGGGACGUUUUCCUUUGCAGGUGACAGACUAAACAUGAAGCACACCAAGCUCUUUCCGCACGUCUGUCAUGCCUGGUUUGUCAUUCGUUUGUUUUUGUGGUCCUGGGAGUUGAACCCAAGGCCUCUGUCUAAUGCUACGCAUGUAUUCUACCACUGAACUCUGUCUCCAAACUAGGUUUUGGGAUUUUAGAAACAGGCUCUCACUAUGUAGCCUAGGCUGCCCUCGAACCCAUGAUCCUUCUGAGUCGGUCUCCUGCAUGCUGGGAUUACAGGUAUGUGAGUCGUCUUCUAGCAUGUUGCAUGGGUUUUUUUAAUUGGGUUCUACACAUUCUCAGAGACUCUGGAUGUUGACUGGUAGGUGAGUCUAUUAUGAAUAAAAACUGAUUUGCUGUUCUAAGGGUCACUCAUUGUCCCGGUCUCGCCAAAGACUGCCCUUCCCUUCAUUCCAUCAGCCUCAUCUUGAAUCACUUUUUUCCUGUUUGCUGGUUACCGACCAUCCUUCCCCGCAGGGCCCUUUCCACCGCUCCUGUCUUGGAAGCUUGCGGACCCUUAGAAGGACUGGGUUCUGGGACAUACUCCUACCCUGCAGGUCUUUUCUUUCUUCACACACUCCCCCCAACCUUGUUCCCACACAGUACAGCACACAAAGGUCACUGUCCUUGGAGCCUGUGAGCUGGGCUAAAUGUUUGUGCUUUCCCCUGGAACCUGUGCAUGCGUGUACGUGAGUUCCUGUGUGUGGAGGCCAGAGUUCGGCAUUUGAUGUCUUGCUCAAUUGUUCUCCACCUUAUCUUUUGAGAUAGUCUCUCUCCGGGGACCUGGGUCUUACCAAUUCUGUUGGGUUAGCCAGUGAGAACCACUGAAUCUCCUGUCUGUACCUUCCCAGUGGUGGUAUGUUAGGUAUGACUGCCACAUCCAGCCUUUUAUGUGGAUUCUGGGGGACUGAACACUCACAUCCUCAUGCUUCUCUAACAAGCCCUUUACCAACUGAGUCAUCUCUCCACCCUUAGACUGCCUUUUGAUCUGAACCAUAAAGAUACUCACUGGUCUAUGCCCUCCUUGUACACAGUGCCUAGACUCAGAAGGAGCUCUGUGCUUGGUGGCUUUGUCCUUUGAUGGUGCUUUCUGUGCCACUGCCUGGGGCUAAUGUAGACACAGACCCUAGGAAGCUUUUUCUGGGUAUUGUUUCGGCUCUUAUACUCUUGCUUUCCAGUUGUAGUGCCUGUACCUUGGAAUGCCUUGAUCAGUGUCCCGUCCUGAUCAGGGCUUCCUGAGAGCUGAGGCAGUGCCUCACAUCUUUGUCCUCCGGUACUUAGCACUUCGGCAUGCAGGAAACAUGUCUUGCAUGCCUAUUACAAUGAUUAAGGCUCCAUGACUCCCGGAUGGCUGUCUCUCUCGGUCUGAAGAUGUUUGCCGAGAACCUGCCCGUGUACCUAGCCUUGCAGGGCACACCUGUCUCAGACACCUAACUUAGAACUUAGGUCUGUCAAAAUUCUAGUGCCGCUGACAUCUUGGCUGAAUUCUUUUCGUCAGAUUCUCAUUCUGUAUAUGCUGGGAGCUCUUUUCCUGACCUGCUGUGGGAAGAAAAACACAGCUCUAGCCUCUGGCUGUGGACGUGAAAGGGGUGUCUAGAGUGGCUUGGUAAUCUUGGGUCUCAGAAGUCCACACGUGUGAUCUGAGGCAUCUUUAGGAAGACCUGCGUCUGAACUUCCAGCCAGCAAGCCGUCCAGCUGGCCCGUGACGCCGUGACUCACGCCUCGUUACUGGUUACAUCUCUUUUGUACCUAGCACGCGCCUGCCAUUGUGUGCCACCUGCAAAAGGCCCACUAUCAAGUUCCCUGUACCCAGCUUCUCAGGGACUCGACUGUGAGUGCCAGUCACCAUGAACACUUGAGAAAUUCCUGUGCUGUGCUUCAGGGCUGAGGGCGGCAAACACCCUGCCUUCUGGGGUCACCGCAUAGGACAAGUUCGUUGUUAAGGCUUCCUACUGUUAUGCAGCCUUCAAAAUUAACUUGGGCCCAAGUCUACCUAGCUCCUUCUCUGGUUUCUUCCUUCCCAGGCACACAGGGUGUAAUGUGACAUUUGGGUAUGGGAGUUACAGUCUAGAAGAGGAGGGGGACAUACAAGCAGAUGGCCACCAUGCCUCAAUGCACCGAAGGGGGUGGAGACAGAAGUGGAUACAGAAGCACUGACCCGGAAGGUCACUGGAAGGACUUGGAAGGAGAUUUGAUUGGAAAGAAAGAAAGUCGAAUUUUCUAGAUGCAAGAGAAAGCAGAGCGGUUUGGACAUUUACCAAAGCUCACGGAAGCGGACCCCUGUGGCAUUGUUGGACCGCUCUACCAUCUGGAUCAGAAAGGGUGUGUGGGAUGACGGACUGGUUAACAGAAAACCCCCGAAGCCGGGGCUGCAGGGUUUAGCUGUUCUUUGUCCCCGCCCUGGCAGCCUGGGACCUGCCACCUAGGCACACGGGGCACCAUGGACUCCCCAGGGUACAAUUGCUUUGUGGAUAAGGACAAGAUGGACGCGUCCAUCCAGGACCUGGGGCCAAAGGAGCUGAACUACACCGAGCUACAGGAGCUGAAGCAGCUGGCGCGGCAGGGUUACUGGGCUCAGAGCCACGCCCUGCGGGGGAAAGUGUACCAGCGUCUGAUCCGGGACAUCCCCUGCCGCACGGUCACACCCGACGCCAGCGUGUACAGCGACAUCGUGGGGAAGAUUGUGGGCAAGCACAGCAGCAGUAGCUUGCCCCUGCCUGAGUUUGUAGACAACACUCAGGUGCCCACCUACUGCCUGAACCCGCGGGGUGAGGGGGCCGUGCGCAAGAUCCUCCUGUGCAUCGCCAACCAGUUCCCCGACAUCUCCUUCUGCCCUGCCCUGCCCGCGGUGGUGGCCUUGCUGCUACACUACAGCAUUGACGAGGCCGAGUGCUUUGAAAAGGCCUGCCGCAUCUUGUCCUGCAACGACCCCGGCAAGAAGCUCAUUGACCAGAGCUUCCUGGCCUUCGAGUCUUCCUGUAUGACGUUUGGAGACCUGGUGAACAAGUACUGCCAGGCAGCCCACAAACUGAUGGUGGCCGUGUCAGAGGACGUUCUGCAGGUCUACUCUGACUGGCAGAGAUGGCUCUUUGGGGAGCUGCCCCUCAACUACUUUGCCCGCGUUUUCGACGUCUUCCUUGUAGAAGGCUACAAGGUACUGUACCGAGUCGCUCUGGCCAUCCUCAAGUUCUUCCACAAGGUGAGAGCAGGACAGCCCCUUGAGUCAGACAAUGUAAAGCAAGACAUCCGGAUGUUUGUCAAGGACAUUGCCAAGACAGUGUCCCCUGAGAAACUACUAGAGAAGGCCUUUGCCAUCCGCCUGUUUUCCCGCAAGGAGAUUCAGCUCUUGCAAAUGGCCAAUGAGAAAGCCCUGAGGCAGAAGGGUAUUACUGUCAAACAGAAGAGUGUCUCACUUUCUAAAAGGCAGUUUGUACACUUGGCUGUCCAUGCAGAGAACUUCCGCUCAGAGAUUGUCAGUGUGAAGGAGAUGAGAGACAUUUGGUCCUGGAUCCCUGAGCGCUUCGCCCUCUGCCAACCCCUCCUGCUCUUCUCGUCGCUGCAGCAUGGGUACAGCCUAAGCAGGUUCUAUUUCCAGUGCGAAGGACAUGAGCCCACACUCCUGCUCAUCAAGACCACUCAAAAGGAGGUUUGUGGGGCUUACCUGUCAACAGACUGGAGUGAGCGGAAUAAGUUCGGAGGCAAGCUGAGCUUCUUUGGGACUGGAGAAUGCUUUGUUUUUAGGCUGCAGCCGGAGGUGCAGCGCUAUGAGUGGGUGGUCAUCAAGCACCCAGAACUGACCAAGGCAGCAUCCUUCAAGUCCUCAGAGGCUGCAGCCAAUCCUUGCCUCAUCAGCCACUCCGUCUCUUCAGACCCUGCCGACCGGCUCUCUCCUUUCCUGGCUGCCCGGCACUUCAACCUGCCCUCCAAGACCGAGUCCAUGUUCAUGGCUGGGGGCAACGACUGCCUCAUCAUUGGGGGAGGAGGUGGCCAAGCACUCUACAUCGAUGGGGAUCUGAACCGAGGGCGCACCGGACACUGUGACACGUUCAACAACCAGCCCCUGUGCUCGGAGAGCUUCCUCAUCGCGGCCGUGGAGGCUUGGGGCUUCCAAGACCCCGACACCCAGUGACUGACGGGCCCGCGCUGAUGGUGACUGAGCCACGUUGUGGGGUGAUGGGGCGGAGGCCCAGCUGCCUCUUCAGGGAGCAGGGAGUGAGUGAGACACCCCCCCCCCGAAAGUGGAAAGGUUUGCUGUGCAGUGGGGCUGUCACAGUCUCCCAAGCCAGGC